AUGGCGACCUCAUCGCGGACCUGGACCGAAGUUGGACCUCACGAUAAGACGGAUUCAUCAGAAGAUAACGCCGACGCAACAAGCUCUUCUUCGCUACUCUACACGCUCCUGCCAUCACUAGUCCAGCGCAGAAUACCCAAGCUCAGAUCCUUCAAGAAAGCACUAUCCGACUACGAUCAGAGAAGCCGACGUACCCGAACGUUCAGCCAGACCAGCGUGACGAGCACCUCACCGCCACCUUCAUACCGCUCCAAUUCGCAGGAUCGCGACUCCAUAGACGAACAGCCAGGAUUUCUCUUCCGCUCCGGUCGCCGCAGUGAGCCACCCAGCAGACCCUCCACCUCUGGAACCUCGACACCAACUUACCUGGAAGAAACUCGAAGCGGAGUGCAAUGGCGAUACGCAGACCCCGGCUUCGCUCUCCUCUCGCUCUCCUCGCAUGAAGCCUCCACCUCGACUCGCAGCUCUCACCUCAUUCGAAGACAAUACGUCGACGGCGUGGCUUGCGUGCUCCGCGGCCUCCCUUCCGACCUGAGCCUGGAAGAAGAACUAAGCUUACGGGAAGCCUUUCCUCCGUCUCUCAGCCCACCGUCUCUCGCGGAAUCGUCACUCACAUUACGGAACCCGGACAUCACAUUCCGGUCCCAACCUGACUCGGCCCCAUCAAGCCUCCACCGCCACGUCGCCACAUUGACGUUCUAUCUCUUGCUCGCCAUCUCCUUCAUCACACCGUACAUCUCUCACAUCCUCCAGUCCGCCUACGCCUUCGAUCGAAAAAACCACCUCAGCGAGCGGGCUAUAGCGCAAAGCGUCGUUGUCGCAGAUGCAGUGGGCCGUCAAGCGAUGAGUAUGGCAAGGGAAGUGUGUGGGUGGAACGAAGGACGGGUGGGAGAGAAGAUGAAGGAGGUGGGGGUGUAUGUCGUGCAGGGGUUUAGUGGAGGCGUGUAUUGUGGUCUGGGAGAGGGAAUGGUGGCAAUGGGGAAACGGAGGCGGGAGGAUGGGAUGGACUGGUUGGGUAGAGACGGAGCGGCACAGAGGUGA